GGCAACUUUAUUUCCCCCUCAGUAAUUCAUACAAGUAUUAAGAACCUCCAGCUCCAGCAUCACACAUUGGCAUCACCUACAUAUUUACUUAAGGUACCUACCGCUAUUUUCAACAUAUCCAUCUUUCAUUUCCUUGCUUUUGCUCUUAACCCGCAACGCUCAUCUAUAAUUGUAUUGUGUUAAGUUCUGGCCAAGCUGAGCUGAGCUGUUCUCACAUAUCCUUCAUUUCUACCAACAAAUUUUGAAUAUUUCAGCAUAUUAAUUUAAAUAUAUCAUCAAAAUGGUUGGUCUAGGUCCUCGAAAGCCUCCAUCCCGGAAGGGAUCGAUGGCCGAUGUACCAAAAGAUCUUCUCGCCGAGAUUAAGAAGCUGGAAGAGCAAUUCUUUGUUGGCACACCCAAGCUCAAGGAAAUCACCAAGCAUUUUGUCUCCGAGCUUGAAAAAGGCCUCAGCGUAGAAGGCGGUAGUAUCCCAAUGAACCCAACUUGGGUAAUGGACUUUCCGGAUGGAUCCGAGACAGGCACAUACUUAGCUUUGGAUAUGGGCGGCACCAACCUGCGUGUUUGUGAGAUUACCCUAACAGAAAACAAGUCAGAGUUCGACAUUAUUCAGUCGAAGUACCGCAUGCCCGAGGAGCUCAAGACUGGAGAAUGUGAAGAGCUUUGGGAGUAUAUUGCCGAUUGCUUGAAACAGUUCAUCGAGACUCAUCAUGGCGAACUUCCUGCAACAGCAGAGAAGAUCCCGCUUGGUUUUACGUUCUCGUACCCUGCUACCCAGAACUACAUUGACGAGGGUGUUCUACAACGAUGGACUAAGGGUUUCGACAUCAACGGUGUUGAAGGCAAGAAUGUUGUGCCAAUGCUAGAGGCUGCCUUAGACCAACAGAAUGUUCCUAUCAAAGUCUCUGCUCUUAUCAACGACACUACUGGCACUCUCAUUGCUUCCGCAUACACUGACCCAAAGAUGGCUAUCGGAUGUAUUUUCGGAACUGGCUGUAACGCGGCGUACAUGGAGAACUGCGGUUCUAUUCCUAAGCUCGCUCACCUGAACCUGGACCCAAAUUUCCCGAUGGCCAUCAACUGCGAGUGGGGUGCAUUUGACAACGAGCACAAAGUCCUCCCGCGUACCCCUUACGACAUUAUCGUUGAUAAGGAAUCCCCUCGACCAGGACAGCAAGCCUUUGAGAAAUGUAUCGCAGGUCUCUAUCUCGGCGAGAUUUUCCGAUUGAUCAUGGUCGAUUUGCAUGAGAAUAAGGAGGUUCACAUCUUCGCUGGACAGGAUAUCAAACACCUUCGUAAGGCGUACACCCUUGACUCGUCAUUCCUCUCGGCUAUCGAAGACGACCCAUUUGAGAACUUGCAGGAAACUGCGGAUCUAUUUCAGGACAAGCUCCACUUGUCCUGCACUCGUCCGGAACUUGAGCUGAUCCGCCGGGCUGCCGAGCUAAUUGGUACACGGGCUGCUCGACUAUCAGCCUGUGGAGUUGCCGCAAUUUGCACCAAGAAGAACCUCCAACCCUGCCAUGUUGGUGCUGAUGGUUCCGUCUUUAACAAAUACCCGCAUUUCAAGGCACGAGGAGCCCAGGCCCUUCGAGAGAUUCUUGACUGGCCCGCCAAGAAGAAUUCCAAGGAAGAAGACCCAAUAGAAAUCCUCGCUGCCGAAGAUGGAAGUGGUGUUGGUGCUGCUGUCAUUGCUGCCCUUACGCUCAAGAGAGUACAGAAAGGUAACACUGCCGGUAUCUUGCACCCGGAGAACUUCAAAUAAGUAGCUAGUGAAGUCGAUUGAAGUAUAGCUUAGCUCAUCCGGCGGAAAAGUAGCGAUACGUCCUUAGAAGGAUAGAUAUUAAAAAAAAUAAAAUAAGUUCGCCCAGAUUUUAGAUGCGGUAUUACAGAGCUAUCCCAUGAGGGUACAAGUCGGAAGUCGAUAUUCUAUCGCAGGUUAGCUUGCUAUCAAGAACCUUUUGGAAAGAAAAGUAAAAAAAAAAAAAAUUAGAAGAGAAAAAUAUCGAAUUGAACUUACUAUCGAGUGUCCAGUAGCGUCUC